CUACACGAUCCCAUUGCGAAGAAUUGGAGUUCUAGGUCUUCGACGCUAACUGACACAGUUCGCUGUUACGUGUGGGAAGGCGAGAACGUGUCCAAGUUCGAUCUCACCAUGUUGGACAUCGGUUGCAACGUCAUCCGGGCUGUGGAGCGGCAAGGCAUUUCUACUGAUUACAUUAUAUUGGCAUGCAUCGCAACUAUCUGUUUGCCGAUGUUAUCGGUUGCAUUUCACUGGAACGCACUCCAGUCUCAACAAACAGUGGUGAAUGGCACAGAACUCGUUGAUGCUGCCGCAUCAGCCACACCAGCAGCCCUGCUUGUUUCACGACUUUCCACUGGUUCAUCUGAUACAGUCGUCUGGCCAACUGCACCCAUCUUGUGUGACACCUUGUUGGGAAUGCAGCUGCGUAUGAUCUAUCAACUGAUGUUGCAGGUUUCCACAAUUUUCGGACAGCCGCUGCGGUGGUUAGCUGCACUGUUACCUGUUGAUGAAGCCUCUAUUGAACAUGAAAUUGCUUGGGAGACAUUUCGGACACUCAUUACUGGGCGUUGGUUUAUCAGUUGGUUACGAGCUCCUGAUUUGCAGUACGUUUUCACAUGUGGCGUUUAGCGAUUAAUCUUUGCUCAUCGUUGCUGAUCUGACUAGCUUAAUGAAUUGGAAUUUAAUUUCUACGCUCUUUUAUCCGGGUAUCAUAACUGGUUCUUUUCCCUCAUUCACUGACUUUCAUGACUAAUGGACAACGACGCAUUUUUCUACUGUGCUUAUGCUGAUGACCUGUUAC